UUGUAAGCUACAGAAACAAUAACAAACCAAAUAAAGAUGCUUGAAAACAGUAUAAAUCAACAAGGAUUCAUUCUGCUUCUUUCUCUAUCUUUUUUCUCCUUAUCUCUUUAAUAUUAUCUAUACAACAAUGGGAUUCUGUACUUACUGUAACCAAAACGUAUACAGCAACACAACCUGUCCAAAAUGUUACCGAAGUUUAUCCUCAGAUAAUUCUUCAAGAAUUAACUCUUUAUUCAAUACACAAAGAAGAUUAAGUACUACUGACAAAUGGCAAGACACAUAUAGCAAAAAGGCUAUCUUUAGUAAUGACCCGACGCCUUCCUUUUCGACACCAAGACAAAGAACGACACAGCAACGUAUGACAAUGCCCAAGUUUACUAAAGAAGAAAACCAACAAGAAAAUAAAGACAGUAGCAACCUCAAGUCUUGCGCUUACUGCAAUAAGAGACAAAACUCUUGGUCCGACUUUAACAAUUUUACCAUCUACAAGUCUGUUUACUAUUGCAAGUCGUGCCUAAUUGAAAAACUUAGUUGUCCAAAAUGCAAAGUACAAGUAAAGCUUACUGACUCGCAAGUUGACUUUAACAAUCAUACUUGGCAUGCCUCUUGCUUCCAGUGCCAUCACUGCUCAAGCCCGCUUAAGCAAGCACUAUCUGUUCAAGACGCUGAAGGUAACCCAUGCUGUCGAUCAUGCUAUAUCAGCAAGAAGCAACCCUCGCCUGAGUCUGCAAGUACUUCUACUCCCUUGUUAUCCACUUCAAAGUCUGCACUUGCCUCUGCCUAUUUUUCAAGACGAAGAAGACCUCUGAGUGCCUUGGUUAAUCAUGCUAUUGAAGACGAUCCUGCUACUCUUGGAAAGAUUUUUGAAGAAACUUCUAGCCAAAAGGGACCCGAUGUAACCUCUGUUGAUCCUGUUCCCACUCAGCCUACCAACACUACUGUAUCAAACCAACCAGAGGCAGCCGCUACUCCCAAGGAAAGUCUCAAACCCCUAAAUACCCAAAACAACCAAGUUUCUAGUGAUGCAAAGACAGAUGGGGAAUCUAAAAAGACAACUCAUCGACGCAAGAAAAUGGUGGUGAAGAAACCAUGCAAGGAAUGCGGACAACAUGUUUCCAAAAAGGACUAUCGUGGUCUCAAGACAAUAACAGGCGAAGUUUUAUGCUAUCACUCCUACUGCUUGCUCUGUGCCAAGUGCCAUCAGAGCUUCACAGAUCUCGAGUUUUGCACUGAUGGUAAAUACUUUUAUCAUACCAAGUGCCCUGAAGCGACAAUAGCUAGAGAUAGUAAUAAUACAAGUCCCCUAAGUGAAGAAGAAGAAUCAUAUCCCAAGACGCCUACUAUGCCCUCUUCUGAUGCUCACUUUGAUGUCUUGUCCUCUUCCCCUACAAAUGUCAGCAUAUUGCCCGAGAGGGAAGACCAGGAAGUAAAGAAGGACCAGAGCACGACAACUACAGAAAUCAUUUGUAAUGCCUGUUCAAAUCCUGUAAUGGAUACCUAUUUAGAACUGGCCAACUCAUUUUACCAUAAAGAGUGCCUGCUGUGUGCUGGUUGCCAAAAGACGGUACCUAUUAACCGUCAACUUUCGAAAUAUCAAGACAAGAUAUACUGUGAUAGUUGUGCCCUCAAGAGCAAUUUAGCACAGAAAAAGAAAAAGGAGACAUUUACAAAAGACUUGAAGGUAAUGCUAAACAGUGAUGUUAUCAAGAAGACAAAUGGUAUUACAAGUCCAUCGGAUAUAUUCAAGUCUAGAAAGAAGAGUUUGCCUAGGCUUGGUGGCGUUCGUACAUGUGCACGAUGUAAUGAAAGCAUGCCAUUUUUAGACACUCAUCCAGGGCCCCAUGCAACUCGAUGGCACAAGAAAUGCUUACGAUGUGCUGGAUGUAAUAAGCAAAUGGACUCUGAUGCUCACAUGACAGUGAAUGAGACUACAGGUCUUUGCUUGGUUCAUUGUCGAGAAUGUUUAGAUAAUGCACCUAAGCCAAGAUUUGUUCGAUAAUGCAUUAUUCUUAUGUAUAUAACUAAAUAAAGUGAAUUUUAAGCAACUAGG